UUAAUUACAGAACUUUGCGCGAACGCAUUCACCAACAAGACUAAUGGGUUCCGAGAACGCAUACGCGCUGAGCAAGGAGUCAGCGAAUCUGAAGUACUCCGACAUAAUUCCUAUCAAUGCUGAGGGAUAUCCAGCCACGAAGGAAUUCCUAUCGAAGGUCGUCGACAUUCUGCUGGACUACGUGAAGACGCAAAAUGAUCGCAAUUCGAAGGUCCUGGAAUUCCAUCAUCCAGCUGACCUGAUGCGAAUUCUGGACCUCGAGAUACCGGACAAUGGGCUGACGCUCCAGCAGCUUCUUAUCGAUUGCUCGACUACUCUCAAGUACCAGGUCAAAACCGGACACCCGCAUUUCUUCAACCAAUUGUCAUGCGGCCUGGACGUGGUGUCGAUGGCGGGCGAGUGGCUCACGGCGACUGCAAACACCAACAUGUUUACCUACGAGAUCGCUCCGGUGUUCAUUCUGAUGGAGCAUGUGGUCCUGCAGAAAAUGCGCGAGCUAAUCGGGUGGAAUACCGGGGAUUCUAUUCUCGCUCCGGGAGGGUCAAUUAGUAAUUUGUACGCAUUUUUGGCUGCUAGACAUAAAAUGUUCCCCCAGUACAAGGAACGCGGACUGGCUGCUGUUGGUGGUCAGCUUGUUAUGUUCACUUCUGAUCAGUGCCACUACUCAGUAAAAUCAUGCGCGUCGGUAUGUGGUUUGGGGACUGACAACUGCGUGAUGGUGCCCAGCGACGAGCGUGGCCGCAUAAUACCAUCAAAGCUGGAAGAAUUAAUCCUGGAACGCAAAGCACGAGGUCACAUUCCAUUUUUUGUGAAUGCCACUGCUGGUACAACCGUGAUUGGGGCGUUCGACCCCAUUGCUCAGAUUGCCGAUAUUUGUGAAAAAUACAAGUUAUGGCUUCAUAUUGACGGUCUUUUGAUCAGCUGUAACCAGAUGUCCGCCGAGUACUUGUUCAUGACAGACAAGCUCUACGACGUCAGGUACGACACCGGUGACAAGGUAAUCCAAUGCGGUCGUCACAACGAUAUUUUCAAGCUGUGGCUCCAAUGGCGCGCUAAGGGAACCGAGGGAUUUGAGAAACUGAUGGACAGACUGAUGGAAUUGAGCGAGUACAUGGUCAAACGCAUCAAGCAGAUGUCUGACAGGUUCUAUUUGAUUUUGGAACCCGAGCUAGUUAACGUUUGCUUUUGGUACUUGCCAACCCGGGUACGGAAUAUGCCUCAUGGCCCAGAACGGGAGAGAAUUUUGGGCGAGGUAAGAUGA